AUGGCGCCUUCCUCGAACACGGUGUCACCGCUGAUGCCGCGUUCACCCUCAAAUCUCAACGUGACCAUGUCACCCUCCAGAGCCAAGUCAUUAGCAAUGAGAAAGGCAAUAUCAAAACCACAACAGGCGCCAGGACCUCCUCCAAAGCUACUUCCUGAUUUCGACAUGGCGGAGCAGAUGAAUGAAGAGAUCAGCAACAAGUAUGUCAAAGGCAAGAAAUUGGGUGAGGGCACUUAUGCCAUUGUAUACAAAGGACAUCUGCGAUCCGAUCCAAAUACCCUUGUCGCAAUCAAGAAAUUCAAAGUCGAUCCAUCUCAGCAGCGCGAAGGACUCAAUGUCGACACCAUCCGCGAAAUCAAAUACCUCCAAGAAAUUUCACAUCCCAGUAUUGUGGCCCUGCUAGAUGUAUUCUCUUCCAAAGACCAGAAUAUCAACAUGGUCAUUGAAUAUUUUCCGAACGGCAACCUGGAAGAGCUCAUCCGGGACAAAUCUGUGAGUUAUGGUGCUGCAGAUGUCAAGGCCUGGAUGGGAAUGUUGUGUCGUGCAAUAUAUUAUUGCCACUCAAAUUUCAUUCUUCAUCGCGACAUCAAGCCGAACAACCUGCUUAUUGCUGCUGACGGGGAGGUCAAACUGGCCGAUUUCGGCCUGGCCCGGUCAUUUGGGGACCCGCGGUAUCAAAUGACAUCCGCAGUCAUCACACUAUGGUAUCGCCCUCCUGAAUUGCUAUUUGGAGCAAGGCAGUACGGUGGCGCGGUCGACAUCUGGAGCGUCGGCAUGGUCUUCGCCGAACUGCUCAUCCGUCGGCCUUAUGCAGCUGCUGAUGUCGCGAACCAGGAAGUACUGGCUACAGGUGGAGGAACUGUCGCUCAACUGGACAAGAUCUGUGAGGCAGUAGGAACGCCGACGGAAGACAACUGGCCGGGCGUGUCUAAGCUAAGGGACUAUUUCCACCUGGAAAAGAAGAUUCCUGUGAGAGACAAGGCCUUUUAUAUGCAAAUGUUUCCUACCGCGGGAUCUGUCGGGGUUGAUCUUCUUAUGACUAUGUUGAAACUGGAUCCACGAAAGAGGGUGACUGCGAGAGGAGCUUUAGAACAUGAAUGGUGGAGAGUUGAUCCAAGACCCACCAACAAAGAGAACCUCCCCAAACAAGGAGGUGGCGCCGCAAAGAUGGCUACGGCUGAAGUUGCUGCACCUGGUGCUGUUCCUAACGAGAACAAAUUCAAGGGUGUGGCUAAGAAACUCGAUUUUGGCGCAGAAAGGUAG